AGUGUUGAGUAUAAAAAAAUAUUGAGUAGGUAUAUAUCGUUGGGGUUACAAAAUAACAACUAAUGUGGUGUAGGCAAUUCCUACCUAAAAAUCUGACUAUAUAGAGGAAAAAUUUAAUUUUUGUAGGAAAAAAAAAUGAAAUGAUUAUAAUGUUUCCCAUGAUAUUUAAAAAAAAUGUCUGAAAAUGAAAACACCCUAUUGUGAGUCUCGUUUUUGUCCAGCAAUAUUUUUGGCGAAUCUGAAAUAGUGUAGUAUUAUUUUUUAUUCUGACCUGCUCUAUUCAGCAUUAAGUUGAAGUAUUUUGCUUGAAUAACAAAAUAGAAAAAAAGUUACAAAUUAUUUUAACAUUUAACUUGAAGUGAAAUAUUAAAAUGUUCAUCAAAAAUUACAUCAACGUCCUACAUCGUUCCCAUAGAAGAAAUGCUGAAUCUAUGAAAGUGUACACCGGGAGAUAAGCAGCCUUGUGAAGAUUCUCCUAAACCAGUCGGCAUUCAUAUUCAAACUCUGUUACUGCGAAGACGUACUUUUGUCUACUAUUAAAAAUUCUAUAAAUUACGUUGAUUAAAAAAAAAGACUGAGUGUUUGAUGAGUUGUUUGGGGCAGUCGGUAGAAUAUCGGACUGAUUCGUAUCAAACGGAUCGUAUUAACGAUUGAUCGUUUAUUGAACAAUUGAUGCUUGAUUGGGAAGGUAUUUGACGCGGAGUGGCUCCUUGGAUGUCAGGAAACCAAAUCAAUCAAAAAUUCGUGGAGGACCACUAUCAGCAACGAACCACCGAAAUUUGGAACACUAUUGUCCAGAUUUGCGAGAAAUACUAUCUGGUGAUGAUGAAAGUUGUGGAUCCAGAAGUUGCCCUUGUAGGAUGAUGGUCAAAGCCGUAAGUCAUUUAAUGACUGAAAAUGGCAAUAAUCUUCCUUGGUCAGAAACGACUGCAAAUUUGGUGUUUUAGAAAAAUGAAAAAAUGAACUGAAUGGAAAGCCUAAUGAUAUUUGAACUAUUUAACGACUACUGUUCCUAUAUAAUACUCAUCUACCUGACAAAAAUUCAUUUUAAUUGAAUAAGAAGGAAGGCAUGGCCAAAUGCUUUUCACCAGAUUCAGAUUUUGGGGUGUUAUGCUGUUACUCUUUGCAUAUCUAUUUGGUAUACUGAUAUUGUCUAUUAUUUCAUUGCACGACACGAAAAGUAUUGGAUACAGGGAUAGUUUGGAUCUGAAACACAAACAACUAUCAAAAUCUAAAAGUUUUGAAUACGGUCUUCCAGGAUUUAGGCCACCCUUACGCAAAUCUAAAAUAAUUUGGUGUUCAGACUUGAAACUUCUUGAUCCACCGAAGGAAACGAUUGCUCUCGCUUCUUUUCCUGGGAGCGGAAACACUUGGCUUAGAUAUUUACUACAGCAAGCUACAGGAUUCUUGACUGGUUCUGUGUACAAGGACUAUGGAUUAUUGAAGAAUGGUUUUCCUGCAGAAAGUUUUCUGAACGGCUCAGUAUUGGUUGUGAAAACUCAUGAAUGGGGUUCUGCUGCGAGGAAUAGGUUUUCUAAAGCCAUAUUACUUGUUAGGGCACCUUCUGCUUGUAUUCAAGCGGAAUUCAAUAGACAAAGUGGUGGUCACAUCGGAUUUGCUUCUCCAGAUCGAUACAAAAGACUGAGGGGUCGAUAUUGGCACCAAUUCGUGAACGACAAACUACGAGGCUGGCAACAAAUGAACCUAGAUUGGCUCUACAAUUUCACGGGGCCUACUCAUGUGAUAUUUUAUGAACAACUGGUUGAUAAAGUUGAACACACUCUAAGGACUGUAAUGGAAUUCAUCGACCUACCAGUAGAUGAAGAACUGUUGAAAUGUGCCAUGAAGCGGAAAGAAGGAAUAUAUAGACGAAAGAAACGAGCAUUGAAUUUUGACCCAUAUACAGCGAAGAUGAAGGAAAAAAUGCAAAAAGUGCAAGAUAAGGUAUAUGAAGCCAUAUAUAAUUUCGCCGCUCCAGCAACUAGGUGAUGAUUUCAAUACUGUCGUUAUCAAAUGAUUGGAGAGAUGUGACUCAAUUUUUUAAGUGGAUAUAAGCUGCAAAGUGUUCAUGAAAACUUUAAAAUUUUCUGAAAAACUUUUCGAAAAACUGUGAGAUGAAAAGUUGAACAUCACCAUAUUUUUUUAUUAUUAUUGAAGGUUUUCCGUCUCACAAAUGACGUUACUUCUUCACAAUAUUCUUAGAGUCUAUUUGUUUAAUUGAAAACUAUAAAAUUCCUAAAAUUAAAACAAAUUGGUUUGACAUUCAGAAUUAGAAUUCACAAUUACAAAUAGCAAGAUCCUCAAAAUAUUUUUGAAAUGUACAAGUAUGAGUUGAGAGAAGACAAUGGAACUUGUUUGGUUUGACAGCUAGAGUUGUUAUUUUUACUGUACGUUUUCUCAUUCUUCAACAGUGACAGUAUAUCGGAUAUGUUUUUUGGUUUUUUGUUCUUUCCGGUUUCCUUCCAAUUCCUUUUCCAAUUUUUUUCACUUCAUUUCCAAAAACUCGAUAUUUAUUCAGAAUAUAAUCCACCAUGCAAUUAUUUACAUGUUCUUUUCUACGGAGCCACUUAUCUCUAAAGAGGUUACCAUAAUAUCACGUAUUCCCGUUACAUUUCUCAAACGAAACACAUGAGCUACCUCUACGAGUUAGAACUAACUCACUUUUCUACAUAUCAAGAAAAAUCUUUACAAUUAUAACAAAAGGCGUUCGAAAAUGUUUUGUUAUGAUGAUGAACUAGUUCAUUCGUUCACAUGUUGACAAUUUUAAAGUUGGAUUUACGUCUACGAUAUCAUCUAUGUAGCACAAUACUAGUUGAACCGAGGUUCUGAUAUUGCAAAUAUAUAAAGUUCUAUAUUAUUUCAAAUCAGAAACAUUUGAAGCAGGACAGAAUUAUUAAUAUUGUUUGAACAAUAUGCAUGACAUUCAUAAAAUACAUGCAGCUUUUUCAUGAUUCUUCAUAUAUCAAUUAAAACAUCAGAAUAUUGGGUUUUUACGUGAUAACUAUAGCAUUAAAUUUAAAGCUGUUUCUUUAUAGAUAUAAUAAGGAUGGAACUGAAGCAUCUGAAAGAUAUCCUAGGUAUUCAAGUUAUACUUUGAUAGUAAUAGGUUUCGGAAACAGCUGCAGGUUGCACAAAUGAUUUGUUUAAAGUCGUUAUCUAUAUGUUUACCCCAUUAUUCAUGAGGUACGAGAACUUUAUUUUAAUAUUUUUGAAUUUGCAACUGAACUCUUUCAAUGUUUCAUUUUGCUGCAUCCUGCUGCACGAACUGAGUUGUACCUAUAGUGUUUUCAGAUACAUAUAAAAUGACAAAUUCAAACCUGAAUGAUAAAACCAGUAGAAAGGUACUCAACAUGAAUUUAAGUUAAUUUUUGUGAAUACCUGCUCUCUUUUUGCACGUGAAAAAAAUACGCCUAGGCUAGCAAAUGGUCUACCAAUAAUUCACUUCGAUCCCUGUCGAGUACCAGAAUCCUGAUUUCAUCAUUCAAGAUCAAAUUGUCAAUUCAGUAUAUUUCUGAAAACAUUUUUCGAUCAUGCUCUUUGAAAGUAAUGUUAUGAAAUGUUUGUAUUACAGUUCAAGUUUUUGGCAGUUGUGUAUAGUACAUUGUGAGCAAAGCAAUUAUUACUUUCAAAUCAUCCAAAGGAACAAUUCGUUCAAGCCAGUAUCAACUUCCUACACUGUAGGGCAAUAGA